UAUAUUCCUCUUCUGUUGGUGUGGACAGUAUAUCACCGCAAAUCACCAUUCAGAGGACGGGCUAAUUACAGGUUGUAGUCGACCAUCUGAGUGCCAUCCUCCAGACUUAUUAUUAUUAUUGUUGUUGUUGUUAUUGUUAUCAUGGACCGAGCUGGUACUACAACGCGGAAUGACGGCACGGCCGAUGAGAACCCAACACCUAGGCUCUUCAACGAUGUGUAUUCGAGUCGAUGGGGCUGCCCAACCCCCUUCCAUGCCACAUGGGCUCCGUUUCCCCGACUCCCCACAGAACUGCGCCUCCAGAUCUGGCUGUCCUACCUCCAGCAACACCGCAUGAUUGAGGUGGAGAUUGGCCUUCCCGCCGACGAAGAUGAGACAAGCUACCCGGGCGAGGCGCCGCAUUCUCGCUAUUACAAGGGCCGCAACCAUCUGGACAGAAUUGUCAGCGGCCGGGGCUACACGCUGAGCAUCAAGGGCCGCGGCUCCUACGCUGCAUCUCUCAGCCCGCUCCUCUGGGUCAGUCAGGAAGCGCGCCGCGCCGCCCUCAGCUUCUACCACAUCCGCCUCCCUUUACAAUGCCUGCACGGGGAGCGGAUACUGUACCUGAACUCAGACUACGACGUCCUCUAUGUACGGCCUCAACAGCCCGAGCGCGUCCGUUUCGUCCGCGGUGGCUUCCCGAGGCUCGCAACCAUCCUUGCCGACGUGUUACACGACAUCAAGGCCCAUGACAGCAAGGAUCAAGGGGUUGCCCACCUCACGUUGAGCGUAGAGUAUUGGGUAGACCUCUUGCUUCAGCAGCACGUACCCGUGACCCCCGGGAUUCUCCAUCCAGUCGCGGCAAAGUCGUUCGCCGACAUCCUCCGCACCCGUCUCCGUUCCGUGCUGUGCGUCGUCGGCUUUCGGCAUCCCACGAGGGGCUUGGGCGAGUUCCCGGUCAAAGACUGGCACUUCCAUUUCGCCCAGACGUUCCCCCUCUAUAGACGAGGCCAUCCCACGGGCGCUUUCCACUGGCUCAGGGCCGACCCGCGGCCGGGAGUGGAGAUCGACCUCCGUCAGGUCCCUCUCGAUCUUUUCGUUGACACCCACCACCUGUUGCGGAGCUGGGAGGAGCUGGAACGCGCCUUCGGCAUUACGAGAGCGCAGCAGCGCGCAGCCCCAGAAACCGGAGGCGACGACGACAACGCCGGGUUGCGCUUCUACAUCUGCCCCACCUUGGACUGGUCUCGACUCACGACGAGCAUGAUGCAUGAGUUUCCUACAUGGGAGGAAGAGGAGGAGGAGGAGGAGGAGGAGGAAGAGGAGGAGGAGGAAGGAGAAGAAGAAGAAGAAGAAGAGGAGGAGGGGGAGGAGGAGGAGGGGGAGGGGUGGCGGGAGGAACUGGCAAAGUACCUGCAAUACGAGGCCGACAUGUGGCUCAGAGAGCUCGGGUACUUCCUACACUUCGACAACGGCAUUCGGCCCGAGCAGCUCAGUCACGGCUUCAUGAUGGACCCGGAGACGUUCGACAUGAUGGAGAAGGUCCCCUGCACGGCCGUCGGCAUGUGGCUGUUCCCGGUCGACGCCUUCCAGAAAUGCACCAUUCCUCGACGAAACUGUUUCGACCUCUCGGCCGUUCGCCCGGGCCUGUUUCUGUUUGACGUUUAAUAGGCUUUCUUCAACACCAUAUUACUCUUAUCAGGACAUUACAGAUUGUCAAACAUGAAUGCUGUGAGAGCUUGUCACCCUCAGAUCGCUAGGAGCCCCUUGCCCGAAAAUUUAAUUAAUUACUGUCUCGGGACUCAAGGCUCACUCCUCGGAUAGACGGCCGCGGCACUUUGCAUAGCCCAGGUCAACCACCAAUGAGGUGGAGCUGGCGCCGACGGGGCCCAAGGGCAACCCGUUCGAGGUGUAUGUCGUGCGUGAGCUGAGUGUGGGUGUCGAGAGGCAGCAGAGCCCGGCGGGCCGGGACUAAUUAAUUACGUUGCCCGGCCGGAUCGUGUGGCAACAAAGACCCUUAAAUUAGAAUGUAAAAGGGCCGCUGGGGUGGGCUG